AGCUCAGUUUGCAUCGCGGAACGUUUGGAUAUUCGCAAAGGGGACAUUAUCCACUUUCAUUUGCUCUUUGUUUGGACUCGUUAUCACAUGACGGAAGUAUGUCCGGAUUAACGGCUGCAAAUAAAUGGAUGUGCCGUGGAUUUGGCUCAAGGGGUAGCACAGGAGGUGGUAACACUGGGGAUAUGUCAAAAUAUGUCUAAUAUUGCCAACCAUAAAUAGUUUUUGAUGAAACAUGGAAUAUUUCCAUUGCUUACAACUACUUAUUCCUCCUGUCCACUGUAGUGGGCAUUAUGCAUGAGAGGGUUAAGAACCACCAUUCAAUUGGUAUCGGAUAGCAUAAUUUUUAUCUCGUUAUCAAAUCGCGAAAUUGAGUGCAAAUUAACGCACAGGAAAGUGCCAUUUUCCAAUCAUUUUGCUCAGGAUAGUGAUUGGCACAGAUGCCGUUCGAAAAAAUACAAUGAUUUUACAUACAAAUGAAUAAAUAAAUAAAUGCCUUUGAAACAUAUAAAAUUUCAUUAUCAGAUGGCGGUCGAAAUUUGCAGCCGACUCUUCUACUAUUCGCGAUAGAAAAUAACACGUCACCCCACCUGACGGCAGCAACUUGAACACUUCUGAGCGGUUUGUUUUGAUGAUAUGACCAAUAAGCACAAACAAAAAAGGAAUCUGAACCAAUGAAAUCAAAGUAAACACGCCGCUUUGACAGCUUUCAAGAACUCCGAUAGGUGGCGUACGAUUAUUUUCUAUCGCGAAUAAGGAGGGCCAGUAUGGGAAACUACGAGAGAGACGGAAAUGGACUUUAAAAAAUAUCUGAUAUGACUUUUCGUUUUUGAGUUAUUUCCAAGAAACGGAAUUUCUGAAUUUUCAAUUUUAGUUUUUUCUGGCGUUAAUAAUGAAGUUAUGACAAUACUGAAAAAACAUCUUCAUAGCAACUUUUUAUGCUUUUUAAUUUGGCAUCAUCGAUUUUCUGAUCUAAAAAACAUCAUCUACUUCAUUUUUUCAAAUACGGCGCUGAAAUAAUUAUCACCUUCGAAGUUAAUCUGUUUUUGUUUUAGGCUUAUGGAACCAUGUAUUCCUCUUUUCAAACCUUUCACUAUUUGUUCUUCUGCCUUUUGCUUACCUUUUUACUGAAUCAGAAGGAUUCUUCGGACAUCGUAAAGGUCUUUUGCCUAGAGUAUAUGAAACAUUCACUGUACUAGGUCUCUUAGCUUUGGUUGUUCUUGGAAUGACUUAUGUCAUAUCUGCUGUAAUAGACAAAGAUAAUUCCAGUAUACAAACGAUAUUGAAUUUAUGGACGUAUUAUUUACCGUUCCUUUAUUCAUGUAUAUCCUUUUUUGGUGUACUGAUGCUUCUAGUUUGCACGCCCAUUGGUUUUGUUUGUUUAUUCGACAUAGUUGGGCAAUUUCUCAUAAAACCCCAGUUCCUCAGAGACAUUAAUGAGGAAUUUUUCGCGUGUGCCUUGGAGGAAGAGUGUCUUCGCAGGAGAUUGAAACAGGCUCAAAAGACAGGGAAAGCCUACAUGGAUCCUGCACCAAUGUUGAUAGAACAAAAUGGUCCUGUUUGUGAUGAUGACUAUGCAUCUUCAUGUAGUCUAAUGAGAUUGAGGAAUGGUGAACUUCAAUUUGGUUUGGGAACAAGACUGAUGGAUAUUGAAAAGCGAAGAAAACUUUUGGAUAAACAAAGGCAAACAUCGUCGCUCAGAAGAAAUGUUGUUUACCCCGUAGCCAUGUUAUUGCUACUAGGAUUAACUCUGACGGCAGUACUAUUAGUAGUACAAAACGCCCUCUCUUUGUUAAUUGGUAUCAAAGCAUUACCUAGUAGUUCCAAGCAAUUCACUCUAGGUGUGAGUUCUUUGUCAAAACUAGGGCCUUUCGGUGCCGCUCUAGAGAUAGUGUUGAUAGUUUAUUUGAUAGUAACAUCUUCUAUUGGUCUAUACACAGCACCGUGUAUGAAACGGAUGAGACCUAAACUGAAGAGCACACCAUUCUGUCUUCUGAUUGCUAAUUGUGCCUUGUUGUUGAUUAUUAGUUCUGCUCUGCCAUUGUUGUCCAAAAUUUUAGACACUUGCUACUUAGAUCAUGCAGGCGCAACUCUGUAUUCCGAAAAACAGAUCCAAAAUGUUAUGGCCGAUCUAUCAGCUAAUGUAUAUGGCAAUCCACAUUCCUUACACAUUUCCAGUAAAUCAACAGAAGAAGCCAUAGAUAUAAUCAGAUACGAAAUUUUACAGCAUUUCAAUACAAACAAUGAGGAAUACUCAAUAGUAUUUACUUCUGGAGCUACAGCUGCUUUGAAGAUCAUAGCAGAAUGUUUCAAUUAUGGAAGCAAGUCGAAGGGAACUCUCGUAUAUUUAGAAAACAAUCACACUUCUGCACUCGGGAUGAGAAGUUAUGCUGAAAAUGCUAAAGAAAUUAGCACCGAAAGAGCUUAUGAACUCAUGAUCAACGAACCCAAAAAAUAUCCUGACAAAAAUGAUUUGAACAACAUUUUUGUUUAUCCAGCAGAGAGCAACUUUUGUGGAACGAAGUUUCCUCUGGAAUGGAUCAAAUGUAUCAAAGAAGGAGCAUUAAAUGAAUUUGUUCAAACGAAGAGUCAGAACUGGUAUGUUGUCCUCGAUGCUCCCUGUUACGUUGCCUCAAAUGUAUUGGAUCUAUCGCGAUAUAAGCCCGACUUUGUGACCAUAUCCUUCUACAAAAUGUUUGGUUAUCCCACUGGACUAGGGGCCUUGCUCGUGAAGAAGACUAGCGAAGAAUUACUAACGAAGAAAUAUUUUGGGGGCGGCACUUUACAGAUGGUGCUGAGUUCACAGAAUGUGAUUGUUCCUCGCAAGGUUCUACAUGAGAGAUUUGAAGAUGGUACACUCCCCUUUUUAUCAGUCCUGGCAGUCAAGCAGGGAUUUGAAACAUUGAAGAGACUGAAUCUCAACUUUGACAGUAUUUCUCAACAUACAUUUUCACUUGCACGAUAUGUAUAUAGAAAAUUAUGUACUCUACAUCAUGGUAACGAGAAACCAGCAGUAAUUUUAUAUCAUGAAACAAAAUUCGAGAAUAGAGACAUUCAAGGUGGUAUAGUAAAUUUUAAUUUGAUCAGAUCCAAUGGCAGUUAUAUUGGAUUCACAGAGGUUUUACACAUGGCAAAUUUAUAUGGAAUACACUUGAGGAAUGGGUGUCAUUGCAACCCUGGUGCUUGUCAGCGAUUUUUAAAACUGAAACCUAGUGAUAUUGUGAAAAAUUUUGAGCUCGGUCACGUAUGUGGAGAUACAAAUGAUUUGAUUGACGGCAUUCCUACAGGAACUAUAAGAGUAUCAUUCGGGUACAUGUCCAGCAAAAAAGAUGCUGAUAGAUUGUUGGCUAUGAUAGAGUCGUGCUUUGUCUCAAGACCCAUCAGAAAAAUGCCUUCCAACUCAUAUGACCAGCGAAAUUAUUUGGAGCACCAAAUCCAAAAAUCAGCCGAUACCGAAAAUAUUACAGAAUACUUUGAAACAAACAGCACACUACAAAAUGAAGAACAAGACGAGAAAGGCCGGCUGACAAACAUUUUUGUGUAUCCCAUUAAAUCAUGUGGUUCGUACGAAGUUUCUGAACAGUGGCUAAUUGGUCCAGAUGGAUUGAAAUAUGAUAGAGAAUGGGUAAUAAUAAACUCUUCAGGCGUGUGCCUUACACAAAAACAAAACAGAAACAUGUGUCUCAUUAAACCAGUAAUUGACCUGAAAAACGACAGGUUGCAACUAAGUUUUAAAGGUUAUCAUGAUAUCGAUAUAAACCUUAGCAAUAACAUGGAACGUUUGAAAGAAGUAUGUCUUUCCCAAACAAAAAUUUGUAGCAAGCGAGUUAUUGGUUGGGAUUGUGGAGACGAAGUAUCUGAUUGGUUAUCAGAGGCUCUGAACAUGUCUGGAUUGAGACUUUUACGAAAGUACAAAGAAGAUGGAGGACUAAAUGUUUCGAUAGUGAAACAAUCAUUUGCCAACAACGGAAUGUUUUUAUUGGUGAAUUCAAAAAGUGUCGAAUGGUUGACAAACAAAAUAGAAAAUAAUGAACUAAAUGAGGAUUUGAAUACUACAAUCCAAAGAUUUAGACCCAAUUUUGUCGUAGACUUUUCAAAACCAUUCCAAGAAAAUGAACUCUCGGAUUUAUGGAUCGGAAAUAAUUUUUUCAAGUCGAAGGGUACGUGCACCAGAUGUCACAUGAUAUGCAUUGAUCAAGAAACAGGCAAUACGUCAAAGGAACCAUUGUUGACCUUAUCGAAGGAGUUGAAAGGAAAAAUUCGUUUCGGAGUUUAUUUGUCACUGGUAGAUGAUGUCCAAACUGUUUUGAAAUUGAAUAGCUCCGUUUUGUAAAAUAUGCAGUUGAUAUCACUAUCUAGUACAUAUAUACCGUAUUAUAAAAAUGUAUUGGCCUAUCCGUCUGGAAUCCCGCUUACUUCCUGUUCAGUAAGUCCAUAUACAAGGUUUUAUUAUAUUUCUUAAAAAUAAAAAUAUUUUUUCAAGAUAUUGAUUUUUUUCUCCUGAAAUUUUCACGAUUAUUGAUCAAAAGUUAACAGCACUGGAAACGAGAUCAGAAGUCCCGGCAGUAUCAAAGACUUUCGCAAUGUUGGAAUUAACAAUAGGUAAAUGAUGGGCAUGCAUUAUUGAAAAAAAAAAUGAAAAUUCAAUAUGAGACGAAACAACUUCAAAGUGGGAAACUAGAAAUUGGGAUUGUCGACACAAGCUCAGUCAGCACAUACCUUUGUCGUCAACCUCGAGAUAUGUCGAUAAGGACUCUAAACCAAUACUCGUUUGACUAUAGAUUAGCAAAGUUUUGGAUGCUUUGCCUAGGAAAUUAUUAUUCUCAUAAACUUAUGACCUCCAAAAUUCAACAAAAAUCGAAUUCCAACAUUUUCUCAUUUUUCGUAUUUCCUUAGGUAAGCACUAAAAAAAA